AUGGCCGCUUCAACAGUCUCAGUCCUGGGCCUGGGAGAGAUGGGCGCUGCCCUCGCCUCUGCCUUCGUCUCCAACUCGCACCCGACCACCGUCUGGAACAGAACAGUGUCAAAGGCCACCGACCUGGUCCAGCGAGGAGCCAUACUCGCAUCGUCGCCCGCAGAGUGCAUCCGGGCGAGCUCAGAGCUGGUGGUCGUCUGCCUGGUGAACCACGACGCCGUCAAGGAAACACUUCUAUCGGAGGCCACCCUUGCCGCCCUCGAAGGGAAGACGCUGGUCAACCUCACGAACGGAACGCCAGCCCAGGCACGGGAGAUGGCCAGUCUCGUCGCCGCCCAUAGAGUCGAGUACAUCCACGGCGGUAUCAUGGCCGUUCCAUCGAUGAUUGGCACCCCGGCAGCAUUCAUCCUCUACUCAUCCUCAUCGUCAACCUUUGAGAGCGUCGAGUCCACGCUGGGAGUGCUGGGGAGGGUCAACUUCGUGUCCGGCGAGGAUGUCGGACGGGCGAGUCUGCUGGACAUGGCCCUGCUGUCGGGGAUGUAUGGCAUGUUCUCCGGCGCCGUCCAUGCCAUCGCCCUGGCCAAGUCGUCCGGCAUGCCUGGAAGCGAGUUCGCCAGGGACCUGCUGGUGCCCUGGCUGUCCGCGAUGGCGCAGAGCGUCGGCCGUCUGGGUCAGGAGGCAGACGAGGGCCGCUAUCCUAGCGGCGGCUCUGGCCUGGGGAUGCAGGUGGCAGCGAUGCCGAACUUGGUCGCAGCAUCGCGCGAGGCGGGCGUCUGGGAGGGCAUGCUGCUCCCUAUCAUGGGCCUGAUGGAGCGCAGAGUCGCGGCCGGCGGCGUCCACGAAGGCCUGGGGGCGCUGGUCGAGGAGAUGUGUAGAUAG